ACUCAUCACACACCACUCACACCACUCCGCGACAACAUGAGAGCCUUCAUCGUCCUGUGCGCGCUGGUAGCGUUGGCGGCGGGCGGCGCGGUGCGCGAGAAGCGCGGCUUCAGCAGCGGCUGGGGCGGCGCCGGCGGCAGCUCGCUCAGCUCGGGCUGGAGCGGUGGCUACUCGGGCGGUGGCUACUCGGGCGGUGGCUACGGCGGCGGCUACGGCGGUGGCUACGGCGGUGGCUACGGCGGCGGUUACUCGGGCGGCUCCUCGGGCGGUUGGUCCGCGCCCGCCGCGAAGGUGGUGGCCGUGCAGAAGGUGGUCAACGUGCAGCGUGAGAUCACUGUGCCCCAGGUCGUGAACGUGCGCAAGGUGGUCUCGGUGCCACAGGUGGUCACCGUCAAGCAAGUCGUGCCCGUCUCAGGCGGAUACUCCGGCGGAUACUCCUCCGGCGGUUACUCCGGCGGAUACUCGGGCGGAUACUCCUCUGGCGGACACUCCUCUGGUGGAUACUCUGGCGGAUACAGCGGUGGACGCUCCGGCGGUUACGGCGGCGGCUACUCCAGCGGCGGCUGGUGGUGAACUCUCUAGUCAACGACACGUUAAUUGUGAUAUUAAGUUUUGUAAAUAAAUUAAAUAUUUUAAUUAA